UUUUUAUUUUCUACAUAUUACAUAAUAGAACAAUGAAAGCAACUAAUUAUUCAAAAGGUUCCUCACUCCGUUGUUGGAAAAAUGGAAAAAGAAUUAAAUCAACAAAUCCACUUCGAUUAUAUGGAAGUGUCCGAUUUCUCAGUUAUAUUUUAAUCAGACUACUUUUAAUAUUAACAGUUUUAUUAUUUUUAUAUUUAUUAAUAUUCUCUAAAUUAUUUUCAUCAGUCUUCCAUAAACGUUACAACAAACAAAAUGAGUUCACAAUAAGUUUCAAAAAUGCAUAUAUUCCCUAUGUUGUUGAUCUACCCGAUAAUCUAAAUCCAGCAUGUCCAGCCUCUACAAAAUUAUUAAUUUUAAUUAUGACAAGAAGAGAUUCUUUUAGUAAUCGUGAUGGAAUUAGAAAAACGUGGCUAAAAGAUGCGGUGCCCGGAACUGUAACAAAAUUUAUUAUAGCCGAUUCCCCCUCAAAAAUCGAAAUAACUGACAAUAAAGAUGCCGCACAAAAAAUGGAAGAAUUAAAAAAGGAAAAGCAAUUAUUGAAGGCGGAACAAAUGCAAAAUAAAGAUUUUAUUUUCCUUCAUGGAAUUGAAGACAAUUAUGCAAAUUUACAUUUUAAAUGGUUAGCCGCCCUUCAAUGGCAACAAGCAUUUUGUCCCCAAACAAAAUGGAUAAUGAAAACUGACGAUGAUACAAUUGUUCAUUUGCCUAGACUUGAUAAUUGGAUAGACAAAAAAUUCACUAAAGAAAUUGAAAAGAAUAAAGCAAUGUAUUUUGGGUGGAUAAUUAAUGGGGUUGGGCCGAUUAGAGAUCCUAAACAUAAAUGGUAUGUCUCAGAAAAUGUUUAUAAAGGCAGUAGUUAUCCGCCUUAUAUGCAAGGAGCUUCUUAUGUUGCUUCGAGUCAAGCAAUAACGGCAACAAUGCCACACAUAAAUAAAGUAAUUGGAUUUAAUAUGGACGAUGUCUUAUUUACUGGAAUUUUGGCUGAUUUAGCAAAUGUUACUAGAGCUGACCAUAAAGAAAUGUUUCGUGUGGGGAAUGGGUUGAAUAAAGACGAAAAAUGUGAGGAUGGAAUUCCUUAUGUAACAGCUUUAUAUGGUGCUGGUAAUCUGGAAGGAUUUCAAAAUAUUUAUACGAAACUAAAAGAUGUUAAAUGCCCUUAA